AUGCUUCCUUCAUCUUCAGGCACUACAAACCCUUUAACGCACACUACAAACCAUUUAACGCAAUGGUUAGAGGGAGCUAUCGAUGAAGGUCACAUUAAUCAUUUUAGUUUUGAUAAGUUUACCGACAUCGUUCAGAUAAGUUUGGGCGGGUUUGGAAUGGUGCGCAAAUGCCUAUGGAAACAGUGCAAAUUAGUAGUCGCACUUAAAAGUAUAUUGAUAAAAGGUAAUAUCGGUAUUGAUAAUCUCGAAGAUAAAGUGAUUCAACUUAUUACACGUAUCGAUUCUUCACUUAAAGAACUUGAAAUAUCUAUGAUUCCAGAUAAAUUAAAAUUAAUUCUUAAAGGGAAUAAUGAUGGAUUUGGUAAAAAUGUUUUUUUUAAAAAAUUAAAAAAUAUUGAAAAAAGCAUCUUGAUUCUUAAAAUUCAAAAUGCUCAUGAAAUUAUUGGUGGUUAUAAUCCUUUAAAAUGGAUAAAACUUGGAAAUUUUACUUCUAAAGAAGCUUAUUUCUCUGUAACUGAUGAAAGUUUUCUUUUUUCAUUAAACAAUAAUGGAAAUUUAAUAUUUAGUAACGUUACAUGUCCAAAACAUGCUAUAUAUCAUGAAAAAGGUCUUGGACCUUCAUUCGGAUUAGAUUUAUACAUGGUUUCUGGUAGUAAAAGGAAAUGGAGGUGUUAUAAAUCUGAUUAUGAAAAUCCAAUUCGAGAUACGGAUGAAACCUUUCAAGUAGAGGAUUAUGAAGUCUUUCAAUAUUUGUGA